AUGGCCGACUCGGCCCAGAUCCAACUCGACGCCGAGCUCAUCUACAACUACCACCAACUGCGAAUGCCCAUCCGCCCCGCCGACGCCAUCUUCUGCCUCUGCAGCCUCGACACGCGCGUCGCCCGGCGCGCCGCCCAGCUCUACCUCGACGGCCUGGCCCCGAUGGUCAUCUUCUCCGGCGCCUCGGGGCAGCUCACGGCGGGACGCUUCGCCAAGACCGAGGCAGAGACCUUUGCCGACGUCGCCCGCGCCAUGGGCGUGCCCGGCGACAGGGUGGUCGUGGAGCCGAGGGCGACCAACACGGGGGAGAAUGUGCGCUUCACACACGCCCUGCUGCAGGGCAUGGGCCUCCGCCCCGAGUCGCUCAUCCUGGUGCAGAAGCCGUACAUGGAGCGCCGGACGUGGGCGACGUUUAGGAAGCAGUGGCCCGGGGAGGCGAGCUUCGCCGUCACGUCGCCGCAGUUUACGUUUGAGGAGUACCCGGACGCGGAUAACCCGCGGGACCUGGUUAUCAGCAUCAUGGUCGGGGACCUGGUGAGGAUUCGGGACUAUCCCGCGCUGGGGUUCCAGGUUGAGCAGGUCAUUCCGGAUGGUGUGUGGGCGGCCAUGGAGAGGCUCGUGAGGGCGGGUUAUGACAGGCAUCUGCCGAGGGGAUCCGUGGUGAAUGGAUCCAAGUGA